AUGAACUUGGCUCACGAAAAUGUAUCUUUUCUAGGCAUUGGCGGUAGAACCGUCUCUAAAAUGCUGUCAUUUGAUUUCGAUAAAAUUAAGGCUUUUCAGCCAAAGGUUAUCAUUUUAGAACUGGGAACUAAUUAUUUGUGUGUAGUGGGGCAGCGCCCCGAAUCUGUUGGUUCAGAUAUUGAACAUUUAGUUCAAGUCCUCCAUGAUUACUGUGGAGCAGAACUUAUAAUGGUAUGCCUAGUAAUUUACCGGUCUGCGAUUCCUCCGCACGUCCCCGAUUUCAGCCACAAAGUAGACCUUCUCAAUAAAUAUCUAAAAGUGGUCCUCGAACCACUCCCUUAUGCUGAAGCGUGGAGCCAUAGAGGGCUUCAAAGUCCAUCUAUUGCUGUUUUAUGCCGGGAUGGCGUUCAUUUGAACCAAGCGGGAAACUAUGCUCUUUACCGUAGCUAUAGGUGAGCCGUACUAUUCGCCUUGAAGAAGUUAGCCACUUUUUCUGAGGCUCAGUGACAGAUUCCAACUUGUCUAUCCAGUCAUGCAUUCUACCUUCAUUAUAACCGUCCUUUAUCGCGGACAGGAGAGUUUUAUCUUUUGUUAUAAGAUAUUGUAUUUAUUUUACGGACCGGUCACUCUUUCCGGCACUUUAGCAUGUUCACUGCGGCGUCUCCAAUUUGGAAAUUGCCAAACAUGGUACCGAUUUUUCUUCUAUUGCCGGUUCCGUUUCUUCUCUCUCCAAUUUAUAAUUUGAGCAGAAUGCUACUGGAUUAGAACCCCCCACUUCCUACUCUCCCCUCCCCCCUCCCCCCCCUCUCCUUCGUCCCCCCUCCCCACCCUCCCUCCCCCCCUUUUUUUCCUCUUUCCCUCUCCCUCCUCACUCUUUUUCUUGUUUUGUUUUUUCUCUUCCUCAUUCUUCAUACUUUUAUUAUAAGAAGUGAUGAAGUGGCACUGGUUCCCCACCCCCCCCCCACAUCCCCCCCCCCCCCACACUCACUCUUUCACUAUUUUAUCUCCCAUGCCAACGCCUCGGGCUUAUUUAUUCAAUUUCCUUUGCUUGUGGUCUAGAUUUGCUAGAAAUUAAACCAUAUUCCACCAUGAUGACUAGAGGAAAGCGCAUUUCUACUGCAACAGCCUCCAACACACGAGUUAAACGCCCGUGGGCCAGCAGUACAUCUCGCCCCACCAAGUCCAAGAGGCCCAAGCAGACCUCUCAAGUACACUCGGUUCCCGCUGUCAACCCGCCCGAAGUGCCGCACCCGAGCGAACUUUCACGAGAGCCGGCGAUCAGUGGGCCAUCCUCAGUGUCAAGUCCCGCGGCCCCGAGGUCUAUCGUCUCUCAGGAUAUGGUUUCCAGCAUCACGAGUGCUAUCUCGUCAGCUGUACUUGAAAGCCUGAAGUGUGCAAGGAUAAUCCCUCAAGAGCAAGUACAGACAUCCGACCCUGCUGCUGCUGUUUAGGGGUCAGUAGCGCAGGUUGUUCAAGACCUAACUGGUGAGGGCCACACUUUAACUUCUACCUCCAUUACUAGCGGGCCCGAGACCUCUCGGAGUAGAGUUCCGGACAAAAUUCAAUCUAAAAUAUGGGCCAACGAAUAUAUCGAUCUCGGAACUCUUCUAUCGUCCUUGCCAGGCGAACCUAAAUACAACUUCACGGUAAAAUCCUAUGGAUCCAACCAGCCUGUGGUCAGUCUCGAACCUGUCCAAAACUCUAAGCACAUUACUAGCAUCGAUCAAUGGACUACCACAUUUCACGUUUUUGUUGUUGACUAUACCAUCCGAUUUCCGGACAGCGCUCCCGGAUUAAUGAAAUACAGUGCGACAGUGCGCGAUUUGGAGACAAAAAACGCUCACUGGCGUUAUUAUGAUGAAAAUUUUCGCUGUUUACGUCAAAAAUCUCUCUUCCCUUGGGACGAAGUGCAUUGGGAAUUGUGGUUGCAGGCGCACCACAUGACCAAACUUUCAUCCUCAAACAAUCCGCCUAACUCCUUUAACCAGCAAUCAAAGCAGCCCUUUCCGCGAGGAUUCUGCUGGAAAUUCCACCAAGGUGAAAGAUAUUUUGGGUGUAAUUUCAAACACGCCUGCUUUAAAUGUGGAGGCGAUCACCCAGCCACAAAAUGCAAGUCAGGAAAACCAAACGCCGCCACCUCUCGCACUGUCGCAUCCAGUCCAACUACCAACACCAAUCAAAGUAAAUAGAUUACAUUUUUACCUAGAUGGCUAUCCAACUAAAUUGAAAGACUAUCUUUUAAAUGGGUUUCAACAUGGGUUUUUAUUAGAUUAUGUAGGGCCCCACAAACCCUCCAGUUGCAAAAAUCUUUUAUCCGCUACUCAAAACCCUGCAGCCGCUGCCGAUAAACUGUCAAAAGAAUUAAGUCUAGGUCGGAUUGCAGGGCUAUUUUUCGAAAGACCUUUUCCUUCAUUACGCAUUUCUCCGCUUGUUUUAAUUCCUCAAAAGACGCCAGGAGAAUUUUCGCCUUAUUCACCACCUAUCUUUUCCUCACGGUGA